AUGGCUAGUUGCCGUUGUGUCCAAUUUAAUUCUACUGGUAUUUUUCAAUCACCAGAUUUUCCAAAAGCUCCAUCAUCAUCAAUACUUCCUCCAUUAUCCUUGCUUAUUCAACACCCUUUUUUAUGUUUACUGUAUAAAUUUAUAGCUCCUGAUGGAUACAUUGUUGAAAUGACCUUUGAUUAUUUUCAUCUUUCACCACGAAUUGACCGAUGUAAUGAUUACUUAAGGUUAUUUGAUGGUACACCGAAUGGGUUGAUCGAUGAACGGACCGCUUAUAGCAGUGAAUUCUGUGCUAGAGAGAUCGAAGUUGGACAAACAUUCUAUUCCUAUACGAGAUAUCUCAUAUUCCAUGUGCAAUUAUCUGGUAACUCCAAAGGUUUCCAUGGUACUUACAAUUUUAUUCCCAAAGAACGAUUCCGUUCGGAUGCCAUUGAAAUACAACCAUGUCGUUUUCGUGUUGAUAUCUUAGCUGGUAAUUUAUUCUCACCUAACUAUCCAUAUUUUUAUCCUACCACUGCCAAUUGUACUUACUAUUUGGCACCUCGUUCAGAAUUCAAUUUGGUGAUUUCCUUAGAAUAUCUUAAUUUACGACGUUACACUUGUCAUGAAGACUUCAUUGACAUCUAUCAAAUGCAUCCAAAGAUUCACCUUGAAAAGCUUUGUUAUGAUUCAAUGCCACCAUAUCAAAUUCAAACGAGGCAUGGAUAUAUCAUUGAAUUUCAUGCUGGUAAUAAUGAUGUUAUAAAAGCCCGUGGUUUUCAUAUUUCAUUCAAAUAUUUAUCCAAGCAAUUAUCACAGAAUAUGCCUGAUGAAAGUAACAAUCGGUUAGCCAAUGCUAAUGAUCCACAUUUGGCUUAUUCAUCAUUUUCCUUGUCUUCCUCUCACCAUCCUUCUAUGUUUUCUUCAGCUAUCAUCGAUGUUCAAAGUGAUGAAAUUGGUUCAAGUGAGAUGAAAAAUUGUAAGAAACUUACUGCCUUUUUCCCUACAUUAUUUAUGAUGAUAUUUGGGAAUAAUGGAGAACAUUGUCAAGUGAGGAUCACUUCACCCUCAGUAGUUGAUAGCGAUUCAUCUUUGGCCAGUAGUAUCUCAGGUAUUCUCAAUUCAACACAGUACGUGGAUAGCGAUGAUCCGUUCAAAUGUCAAUUUAUAUUUAUGGGUAGUGCUACUGAAAGAGUUCAAAUUAUAUUUCUCUCUUUCAGUUUGUAUUCACGGAUGCCCAAUUUGAAUAAUGUUACCAAUAGAUGCGAUGAAGUGGAUCAUUUAUCAGCUCAUGUAUUAAUUGGUACUCGUAUGUCUCGAAUCGAAGACUUCUGUGGUAGUGAAACACCUCCUCGAUUGAUGUCUACCAAAAAUCUAUUAACUUUGGAUUAUGUUGUUCGAUCUACUCGAGCAACGAGACAAAUGAUGAGUAGUGCUGAAAAAUUUGGAUUUGUACUAAAGUACCACUUCCGAUCUGAUCUAGGCCUAUCAGAAAUGGAUGCCGAAAUAAGAAAUGAUUUGACUUGCCAUUAUGAGUUUAAUUCAUCUCAGCGCAGCUCAGGUGAUAUUUUCUCCCCCAAUCAUCCAGGAUAUUAUCCUCGCAAUACUGAUUGCCAUUACAUAUUUCAUGGAACUGAAAAACAGGUCGUUGCUAUACAUUUUGAAUACUUUGAUGUGGAAGGAUUAGCCACGUGUGAUGACAGUACGCAUAGUGAUUACGUACUGUUCAGCAACUACCAAACUCAGGAUCGUACCAAUCGCCGCUACUGCGGUCAUACUUGUCCAAGGGAUCCAAUUGUUAGUGAAUCGAACUAUUUUCGGAUGUUGUUUCGCUCUAAUGAUAUUUUUGACGCCACCGGCUUCUAUGCUCAUUAUCAAUUUAUUACAGAACAAAUUUCACAAAUCAACCGCGUGAAAGUGACCACUAAUGCGUGCUCGUUUACAAGAUUAGCAUUAACUUGGCCAAUUGUGCUACUAUCUCUGACAAUCACUCAUAGAUGGACUUUAUGA